CAAUGCUUUGAAAUAAUGCAGUGUGUGAAAGAACCUCAUAGGGCACAAUAUGGAGGAGGCAUUAUAGUAAAUCCAGGGUUUGAUCAUAACAUUAAGGCUUGGACUGUGUUUGGAAAUGGAACAAUUGAGGAACGGAUAUCAAAUGACGGCAAUAGAUUCAUUGUUGCUCGCAACAGAACACGAGCAUUGGAUGGUUUCUCUCAGAAGGUUCAUCUGAAGAAAGGACUGAUAUACAUUUUUUCUGCUUGGCUUCAGCUGAGUGAAGGAAGUGAGAUUGUUUCGGUUGUUUUUAAAACAAAUGGAAGUGAAUCGGUACAUGGUGGUCAUGUCAUAGCCAACCAUGGAUGCUGGUCUCUGCUAAAAGGGGGCAUUCUUGCUAACUUUUCAACCCCUGCUGAGAUUCUUUUUGAGACUGAGAAUCCAACUGUGGAAUUAUGGGCUGAUAACGUGUCCUUACAACCAUUCACCAGAAAGCAAUGGAGAACACACCAAGACGACAGCGUUGAGAGGGUAAGCUAGUCAUAGUUUCCAACACCUCGUUGUCUUUCUAA